CCUCCCAACCCCCCCCCCCGGCAGCGACGGUGGUUGUCGGAGGGCCCCGCGGGUUUCCAUAUGCAUGGAUAUCACCUGAAUCUUCUUACAAGAGCUUAAACUGUGUGUAAACUUACCCUAAACAUGAGUGGCUCCAAACCUGAUAUUUUGUGGGCCCCGCACCACGUUGACAGGUUUGUUGUAUGUGAUUCAGAAUUGAGCCUUUAUCACAUUGACUCUGCUGUAAGUUCAGAACUCAAGGCGGGGUCCUUGAGGUUAUCAGAAGAAACUACAGCUACGCUAUUGUCAAUAAAUUCAGAUACACCGUAUAUGAAAUGUGUGGCUUGGUAUCCAAAGUACGAUCCUGAAUGUCUCCUUGCUGUUGGACAGGCCAAUGGUCGAGUGGUACUUACUAGCCUCGGUCAAGAUCACAACUCAAAAUCUAAAGAGUUGAUAGGCAAAGAGUUUGUUCCCAAACACGCACGGCAAUGCAAUACCCUCGCGUGGAACCCACUAGAUAGUAAUUGGCUUGCUGCUGGGUUAGAUAAACAUCGGGCUGACUUUUCAGUAUUGAUCUGGGAUAUCAGUAGCAAAUAUGCCCCAGAGACUGCAGUUGCUACAGAGAAAGUAAGACUUUCAGCAGGAGAUCCAGAAGCAGGACUGGUAGUAACAAAGCCACUGUAUGAAUUAGGACAGAACGAUGCUUGUCUCUCUCUCUGUUGGCUUCCACGGGACCAGAAGCUGCUUUUAGCUGGAAUGCAUCGAAAUCUGGCUAUCUUUGAUCUGAGGAACACAAGCCAAAAAAUAUUUGUAAACACCAAGGCUGUCCAAGGAGUGACUGUCGAUCCCUAUUUCCACGAUCGUGUAGCUUCCUUCUAUGAAGGUCAAGUUGCCAUAUGGGAUUUAAGAAAGUUUGAAAAGCCUGUUUUGACCUUGACAGAGCAACCAAAACCCUUAACAAAAGUUGCGUGGUGUCCAACAAGAACUGGACUGUUAGCUACUUUAACAAGGGAUAGUAAUAUCAUUAGACUGUAUGACAUGCAGCAUACUCCCACCCCUAUUGGAGAUGAAACUGAGCCAACAAUAAUUGAAAGAAGUGUCCAACCGUGUGAAAACUACAUUGCUUCAUUUGCCUGGCAUCCCACAAGUCAAAAUCGAAUGGUAGUAGUGACGCCCAACAGGACUAUGUCUGACUUCACAGUUUUUGAAAGAAUUUCUCUUGCAUGGAGUCCAGUGACAUCCUUAAUGUGGGCUUGCGGACGACAUUUAUAUGAGUGCACAGAAGAAGGAAAGGCUAGUUCCUUGGAAAAAGACAUAGCAACCAAAAUGCGGCUCAGAGCUCUGUCAAGGUAUGGUCUUGAUACUGAACAAGUUUGGAGAAAUCACCUCCUAGCUGGAAAUGAAGAUCCUCAGCUGAAAUCGCUUUGGUACACUCUGCAUUUUAUGAAGCAGUAUACUGAAGAUAUGGAUCAAAAACUUACAGGAAACAAAGGUCCCUUAGUUUAUGCUGGCAUUAAGUCAAUUGUGAAGUCAUCUUUGGGAACAACAGAGAACCUCAGGCACAGCAGGAGUGGAUCUGAUAGACAGGCAGAUAUUAUUCAGUAUCUGAGUGAGGAGAGAUCCUUGGCUUUGCAGCUCUGUGGGUGGAUAAAGAAGGGAACAGACUUAGAUGUGGAACCCUUUUUAAAUUCAUUGGAACAGGAAGGAGACUGGGAGCGAGCUGCUGCUGUAGCACUUUUCAACUUGGACAUACGGCGAGCAAUACAAAUUCUAAAUAAAGGGGCUUCCUUGGGAAAAGGUGAUCUGAACCUUAAUGUAGUAGCAAUGGCUCUAUCAGGCUACACAGAUGAGAAGAACUCACUUUGGAGAGAAAUGUGCAGUACUCUAAGACUGCAAUUGAACAAUCCCUACUUGUGUGCUAUGUUUGCUUUCCUGACAAGUGAGUCUGGUUCAUAUGAUGGUGUUUUGUAUGAAAAUAACGUAGCUGUACGAGACAGAGUGGCAUUUGCUUGCAAGUUCCUCAGUGAUGCUCAGCUGAACAGGUUUAUUGAAAAGCUGACGAAUGAAAUGAAAGAUGCUGGGAAUUUGGAGGGAAUACUGUUAACAGGGCUGACAAAAGAUGGAGUUGACUUGAUGGAAAGUUACGUUGACAGAACUGGAGAUGUCCAGACAGCAAGCUAUUGCAUGCUACAGGGUUCUCCAUCGGAUGUACUUAAGGAUGAGAGGGUUCAGUACUGGAUCGAGAACUACAGGAAUCUUUUAGAUGCUUGGAGAUUUUGGCAUAAACGUGCAGAAUUUGAUAUCCAUAGGAGUAAGCUGGAUCCCAGCUCAAAACCUUUAGCUCAGGUGUUUGUGAGUUGCAAUUUCUGUGGAAAAUCAAUCUCUUACAGCUGUUCAGCUAUUCCUCAUCAGGGACGAGGUUUUAGCCAGUACGGAGUUAGCGGUUCACCAACUAAGUCAAAAGUUACAAGCUGUCCUGGUUGCCGUAAACCCCUUCCUCGCUGUGCACUUUGCUUGAUAAAUAUGGGAACACCAGUUUCCAGCUGUCCAGGGACCAUACUGAGUGCCCGGUUUCUGCCUGCUCUUGCAAGUGUAUGCAGCUGGAUACAACAGGGAAUCUCAUUCCAGCAGAGACUGUCCAGGCAUAAAUAUUGUUUGAAAAUGUGGGGCUCUCUAAUGGAUGUCCAUCAUAGUCCAAGCAUAUAUUUUAGACAAAGGUCAUUUGUGACUUACUGUGAAAAAAUAAAUUGCUAUCAGAUUAGUAAAAUGAUGUGUGUCUGACUGUGCUUGGUAGAAACAGGUAUUCCUGAAAUGAGCCUCUGGGUAUAGUAUGUGGUCCUUGUUCAGAGGACUGAAGCAGUUUAGUUCAAAAGCACUCCUGGAAUUGUGGACUGUUUGGAUUUGCUAAAAUCCAAAGAACUUUUAAUAAAGUUUUCAGGGUAAUGCUGAUUGAUUGGCCCUUUUAUUUGUUUUCCAAACAAAGCAGUAUUUAUAUGCUGUGAAAGUGGGCCUUCAAAAUAAACACCUGAAAAGCGUUCUUCAGAAGAUCGCAAAGUGAUGCUGUGGAUUCCUCUGUUCACUGUUUGAUCACACUUUCUUGUAUGCAAAUGAUCGUUUCCUUGUAAGUUCAUUCAAAGUGCCACUGUUAAUUGUAUUCUAAAGAUUUUUAUUCUAAACAAAAAUCCAUUUCUUUCUGUUCCCAAGCUUUGUUAAAGUAAUAUCUUUGCAAUUCAAGGUCUUAUUUAAUUUAUCUACAUACCUAGCUGAUGUGAAUUUUAAUGCUAAAGAAUUUGGGGGUUUUGUCUCCUAGCGAUGUCUAUAUCCUAGAGAAGAGUUCCCUGAAAAGUCAUGUGUCUGUCUCAGUGCAGAGUGCAGGUAAACUAUAGGAGGUUUCAUUUGACUGAUUAAUUUUUAACAUAGUACUGUGACGAUCUGAAAUCUCAAGGACUGGAGACUUGUAAAUAUUUAAGUUUUAAACUACAUGCUGAGUUUUGACUACAAAAAUAUUUGAAAACUUUUGGAUAAUCAGCAUUUCCCUGUACUUCUGAAGUAUGCUGGGAAGUGUGAAAUCAACCUAUAUAAAUCCUGCUUCUGGUCACUAGUGGACACCAGUCUGCUCCCAAAAGGCUGCACAAUUUUAGAUCAUUGACCAGAAGUAGUUCUAGAUGCAUUACCAGCUGGAAUUAAGAUUAUUUAUUAACUUGAGAGAGAGUCAAUGAUAUUUUGCUAAUACUGUGCUAGGAGCUAAUCGGUAUUGUUGUCCUUGAUUUUGUUGGCAACAAAAUUCACACAAAUUAGGGGAAAAAACCUGUUUUAAGGUAUGUGAUAAUAACAUCAGUUUACUUGGUGUGUGUUUAUUUACUAGUAGAAACAGUAUAUGAGUUACUUAACACUUGCGUGCUAUGAAAUACUAAAUGGAAUGCUAGCAAUAAACUGGUACCGUAUUGCCAGGACCGUGAAAACCGGUGUUUUGAAAGAGAAUAUAUUGUAAUAUACCACUAGUUCUAAGUGCUCUAGUGUAGUUGCAACAAGAUAGAAUGUGGAAACGUUUUCUGUAGAUGUACAAGAUUACAUUCAGGACUUUGGGUUAUAUUUUCUGAUUUAGCAUUAAUGUUGUAAUACAUCUGCUACAUUUAUUCUGAUCUAAAAUUCUUACCUAAUUGACAAAGAUCUUUUUAAAGUUAAAAAUCUAAGAGGUACUUGAUAUUUGUAGGCAUGGGAGAGCAGUUACUUUUUUUCUUGUUAGAAUAUUUAUUUCUCUUUCCAGUAUUUUUGCACACUUCAUGUUGCUGUUGAAGAGCUCUUUAAAAUGUUCUCCAUUUAUAAAUGUAAACUGGGGCUUAAUGUAUGAUACCCUAUUUAUAUAAAUACAGGCAAUAAAACUUUUGCUUUAUGAAAAUGAGGAUUUGUAAGUGUCAAGGAUAUGUUUUUAUUCCUCUGUAGUAACAAUGUUUAGUAAAUUUUCCUGAUAAAUUCCAUGUCCAGGUGAAUGCAACUACUAACUUACAAUGUCUCAUUUUCUUAUGUAAAGAACAUUUUUGACUUGACGAUACCUGUUUGUGUCAAAUUCUAUCUUUUCAUUAAAUUAGAUGCUUACUUUGAUACUCAGCAUGUCUUUGAAAUGUUUUGGAUUGUGUGUGCAUAUUCUGGCACAGUAUAACUAUCAGUUUUGGCUGUUGUAAUUGGUGACCAGGCUUUCAGGCCAGUAAUUACACUAUUUGCAAAAUUUACAAAGAUGUGUAUGUUUUUAAAUGAUCAGAUUUUUUCCUUGUUUUGCUUUUAAAUUAAUAAAGCUGUGAUUU